UGACACUUGUUGUUUUCCUGUAGGGAGGUUUGAUCAAUUUUAAUUUAGCACAACUGGUGAUUGAUUUUGUAAUUUACUGUUAUUGGAAUUUUUUGUUCAAUUUAACUGAACUUGAUUCCAAAUUUCAUUUAUUCCGCUCUGCAAUUACUUUAUAGAUUUACAUCCAUUUUCAAGUGAUCAUUAACAAGUCUACGUAAACUCCAUGAAGCUGAUUCUUGAGUCGGAACCUAACAAGACUUCUCUGAGCAAUUACUGUGAUGUAAUUACCGAAGACGAUGAAUACCUAGAAGAUGUUAACGAAGAAGAGGAUAACGACGAUGAUACUGAUUGUAGUCUAAGCACGAUGGUUGUACAGAACAGCUCCAACUUGCAUAUUUCUUUCGCUGGUUGCGGAUUUCUGGGAACGUAUCAUGUUGGAGUGAUCCAGUGUUUGAUGACACAUGGAAAGGGAUUUAUGAAGAGGGUUCGAGGUGUUGGUGGUGCUUCUGCAGGGGCAUUAGUGGCUGCCACGCUGUUAUGCUCACCAAAAAAAUUAAAUGACGCAAUGCAGCUGUGUUAUAACAUAGCAGACACUAUACAAAGUAAACCACUAGGUGCUCUUACUCCCAAUUUUAAUAUGUCGCAUACUUUAAGCACGGAACUUGAUACUCUCCUACCACCGAACGCCCACACGAUGGCUAGUGGACGACUGUUCAUCUCGCUGACAAUGCUGAAAAAUCGCAAGAAUAUUGUAAUUUCGCAAUUUGAAAGUAGGGAUGAACUUAUUCAGGCAUUGCUAUGUAGUUGUUUUAUACCUGUGUACAGUGGAAUGAAGACACCGACAUUUAGAGGCAAGAAAUGUAUGGAUGGUGGGAUGUCCUGGAACCAACCUGCAAUGCCAUCAGGAAAAACAAUCUUUGUGUCACCAUUCUGUGGCACAAAACAGCAGAUCUGCCCUCGAGAUGAAACCUGGUUUGACCUGAGCUAUGAUAUCUUUGGACAUAGUUUUAAAUUCAGUGCACAGAAUGUUGUGCGUGGUGUGCAGGCUCUUUUUCCACCACACCGAUCUGUCUUGGAGAAGUACUAUCAGAAAGGGGUGCAAGAUGCUAGGGUGUUCCUGUUUAAGAAUAAGCUGUAUGAACAGGAGCUGGACACAGACUUAGGACUUGAAUAGUAUAAGAAAGAUGGUGGAAAAUUGAUUAUUGUCAAUGCCAUGAAAUUAAUAGUGUUAGCGCUCCCGGUGCAAUGCCAGUGUGCCUAUGAUAUAUUUCAGGGUGCCUUAAGCCGGACACCCACUUCACCGUACGAUGACCACGACUCCUUUAUCUGUGAGCGCUAGAUUGAGUGACGCUGUCUGCUGAUUAUAGGGGGUAGUCUGAACUGAUCGUCAUUAAAAACUUUCCAUUUUUUUUUUUCAUGUCAUUGCGUUCUGCAAAAAAAAUUGUGUCGGCAGGUCCAUAUAUACCCUUGAGAAUUAGUGCCAUACAGUAUAUGUUGAGGUAAAAUGUUGGUGGCAUAUAUAUAUAUGUAUACAGUAAUGUCAUAUGAUGAGGUGGUAUACAGCAUUGAACAGUAGCACCCCUGCCCACACCAGUUGUGUUUUGAACGGCACUAGCGUUUGGCAACUGUGAUUGAGUGAAAAUUAACACUGACCUGCACAUAAUACGUAUACAAUUGCUUAAAUGUUGAGAUAGGUCACUUGCAUUAGAAACAUACAAAUACUGUACACUCCAUGCCCAAGGUACUGUUUGUAAAACAAUUAUUGCCAAUCUGAUAUAAAUAUUAUCACAAGCAUAGGUAUUGUGCUUUGUGCCUAGAGGUUUAGCUAGAGGUACGAUACACCUAGAUAGAGCUGCAGGGAUCCCAAGUUGUGAAAGCCAUUUCAGGGAGGUCUGGUCUAACAUGCUUUCCUUUAACUAACUACCUGCUUUCAUGGAGGCAAAUAAUAAUGCAGUUGUAAAAACAUACUAACAUUCGUAAUUAUGGGAGAUGGGUUAGUUGAGGACUGCAAGAUUGCUUGUCUAGUGUAAGGGAGACUGGAUUCCCUGUGUUACACACAGCGAAUUAGCCAGGACAUAUUGGUCCUAGCUACAACACUGGUUUCAGAGGCGUACUAGGCUUGUUUCAUCCUGGAGGGGGGGGGUGUGUGAAAAUUGAUAAAGCGGAACUAGGGAGGGGGUACGAAAUUUGAGAAUCCUUAUUCCAAUGAAAACUUAAUGGUCAUUUUUAGUGUUUUAAUUAAACUCGCUUAUUGAACUAAUUUGCGCGCAAAUACAAUGUAUGCUAGAGUGCCAUAUAUGAAUGAGUUCCAUAUAGGCCUAUGUAAAGUAUUUUAAUGCCAUAUUUGCAAUGACAUAUAUGAUGGGUGAUAUAUAUGCCUGAGUGCUAAAUAUACAUUGCCAUAUAUUUUGGUGCCAAUUUAUAUAAGUACAGUAUUUUUAAUUUAGAUAUAUUUUAUAUACAUUUUCAUGUAGCCUACAUUUUUGUGUAUGAAUUCUAAUGUAGCAAAAUAGUGCUGUAUUAGAAAUAUGGUGUAUAUUUGAAUAUAUUUGUAAGUACCAUAUAUUCUAGGUGCCAGAUAAAAUUAAGAUAUAUUUUACAGUAUUAUUGUAUUGCACAUAAUGUAAAAUAGGCUAAAAAUAAAUGUAAUUAAUUAUGGAUGUUGUGAUAGCUGAAUGUUUCAAGCUGAAUAUAUAUUAUGGAGGAGCUGGUUGUAGCUUGGUGGUUAAAAUACUUUACUUGUAUUCCCAGGGUCCUGGGUUCAAAUCCUUUUAAAACCAUUAAAAUCAAUUCCACUCACUAAACCUCAUAAAGAGAAUUGGUUUAUAGAAAAUAAUUUUCGAGUCACUCAAUGCUGGGUGAGAAUGAAUACAAAAAUUAAAUGAAUAUUAUAGUCACUAAUUAUAGUCAUAUCCCUUGUCAUUAAUGGAACUUUCCACAAAUCUUUUCUCCAUGUUUUGAUUUAAGUCUGACUUCAUGCACAACCAAUUUUACGUUUUGACGUAAUUGUUAAAAAAAAAGUUUUUUUAAGUAUGCUUCAACGUAUUAUUAUUUUAUUCGCAACGUUUAAAAAAAAUAUAUGUUAACAAAUAAUGAGCCACAUUCCAAGUUUAUUUUUUAGUAUCUAUUUUAAGAUUAAGAUUAUUAGAAUAUAUAUGUACUAUUCAGUCAAAACUUUUAUGAUUCCCCUGUUGAUAGUUGUGGUCUGAUUUAGUGGAUGGGUUUGGAAACAAAAUAUGUGUGGUGCAAUAUCAACACUAAUAAGUUAGGUUCAUUGAAAUAUAACUUAUAUUCUAUUACGUUAUUUAUGUAUUUACUCAAAGACAAAUGUCUUAAAGAAUUUUUAAAUGUGGUCUAAAAUUAUAACGCAGUUUUUAAAAUAUAUUUAGUGUAAACACUAAUUACUACGAUGCCAAUUUUUAUUGGAUAAACAAUUCAUUUUACCUGUUUGGGUUCCACACAUGAAACAAAAAUAUUGCAUUGUAUAAGAAAAAAUGAAAAUGAGUGUUAUCUUUUCUGUUGCAUGCAACAUUGAAAGAGAAUUGUUGAAAUAUUGUUUUUACUUAAUAAACAAUUCAUUUUUAUGUUUUUCAUUGCAAA